GCCCCCCGCGAGUCGCCGGCGCUGCGGCGGUUGGAGCCUGCUCUCGGGCCUGAGCCUCCAGGCCGGGCCCCCGGGUGUCGUUAAUGUUCGGGGCCGCCGGGCGCCAGCCGAUCGGAGCUCCGCCCGCCGGGGACAGCUGGCAUUUCAGUCGAACCAUGGAGGAACUGGUUCAUGAUCUUGUCUCAGCGUUAGAGGAGAGCUCGGAGCAAGCUCGGGGUGGGUUUGCUGAAACUGGAGACCAUUCUCGAAGUAUAUCAUGCCCUCUGAAACGGCAGGCAAGGAAAAGGAGAGGAAGAAAACGGAGAUCGUAUAAUGCUCAUCACCCGUGGGAGACUGGUCACUGCCUAAGUGAGGGUUCUGAUUCUAGUUUUGAAGAACCAAGCAAGGACUAUAGAGAGAAUCACAGUAACAAUAAAAAAGAUCAUAGUGACUCAGAUGACCAAAUGUUGGUGGCAAAGCGCAGGCCGUCAUCAAAUUUAAAUAAUAACAUUCGUGGGAAAAGGCCUCUGUGGCAUGAGUCUGAUCUUGCUGUGGACAACCUCGGGAACAGAACUCUGCGCAGGAGGAGAAAGGUCAAACGCAUGGCAGUGGACCUCCCACAGGAAGUCUCUAACAAACGGACGAUGACCCAGCCGCUUGAAGCUUGUAGAGAUCAGGACAUGGACAGCGACAGGGCUUACCCGUAUCAAGAGUUUACCAAGAACAAAGUCAAAAAAAGGAGACUGAAAAUAAUUCGACAAGGACCAAAAAUCCAAGAUGAAGGAGUAGUUUUAGAAAGUGAGGAAGUAAGCCAGGUCAAUAAGGACAAAAUGGAGUAUGAAGAGCAAAAAGUCUCAGAUGAACUCAUGAGUGAAAGCGAUUCCAGCAGUCUCAGCAGCACUGAUGCUGGUCUGUUUACCAAUGAUGAAGGAAGACAAGGUGACGACGAGCAGAGCGACUGGUUCUAUGAGAAGGAGUCCGGCGGGGCCUGUGGUGUCACUGGGGUCACACCCUGGUGGGAGAAGGAGGGUCCCACUGAGCUGGACGACAAUGUACCAGAUCCCGUCUUUGAAAGUAUCUUAACUGGUUCUUUCCCCCUCAUGUCGCAUCGGGGCAGAAGAGGUUUCCAAGCUCGACUCAGUCGCCUUCAGGGGAUGCCUUCCAAGAAUAUGAAAAAAUCCGGAGGGACGCCAACUUCAAUGAUGACCACCUCUGGGCCAGUCAGUAACAAGAGGAUGGUUCACUUCUCCCCAGAUUCUCACCACCAUGACCAUUGGUUUAGCCCUGGGGCUAGGACAGAGCAUGGCCAGCAUCAGCUUCUGAGAGAUAACCGAGCUGAAAGAGGACACAAGAAAAACUGUUCUGUGAAAACAGCCAGCAGGUACUAUGGUGUGAAGAAUAAAAGAAUACUCCAAGAUGCCUCAAAUACGUUAUAUUCUGCUUGGAGAGACAAUAUUCAAAUUUGAACUCAGACGAAAUGAAUUUUCCUCAGUUUUCCAAAAGAGAUGGCCUGCUAUUGUAGCCCUGUGGACUUACUCCAUUGUAAUGUAAUUUCCUGUUCAUGUGUGUUUCCUGUAUUAGGCUCUGAGCUCUUUGAGGAUGGGAACUAUCUUCUUUGUAUUUUGUUUAGCACCUAGCAGAAUAUCUGAUACAUAGUCAAGAUGUGUUCAUUGUUAAAUGAAUGUUUUUAAGUGAUUUUAAAUAAUAGUUCAAGAAAGUAGAAAUGUUAUCAUAAAAAAAUGCAUGGUUGGUUGCCAAAUGAAAUGUCGAGGCGAUAAUUUUUACAGUUAGAUUGGUUUUAGUUCAAAAAACAUUUAUUAUUCUCCUAAUAUAUGACAGAAGCAAAGCCAGGUUCUGGAAAUUGGAUUUGGUUCUUGGCCUCAAGAUGUUCUCAGUAUGUAUCUAACCGACAGUCCACUCUACACUGAAAACAGCUGGAAGCCAUACUGUUUGGCAAUCGUAGCAAGAGAAAUACACCAAAUUGGUGUCGAAACACAGAGAAGAAGCACUCGGAAGAGUACUGAGUGGUUAGGAAAGUUUAAAGAAGAGAAAGUAUGUUUAGACUCAAGAGCACAGUGGAAUUCUGCAGAGAGAAGGAGCAAGCUAUCAGAAGUGGGCAGAACUAAGAAUGUGGAAAGGAGAUUUUUUGAAAAGGGUAGAAGAGAGUGCUGUAGUGUUCAUGCAUGCAUAUGACCUUGGUUACUAGCAGUUCCUUAAAAACAUCUGGACGUAUUGGACAGGUAAGGAUGCAUGAUAUCAGUACCACGUAAGCCACGAUACAACAACAGUUCUCCCAAAUAGCCUUUGAGAAGCCCUGUUGAGUAAUUCAUUCUGUGAACAGGUUAACAUUCCCCCAAAUGUGAGAAUUUCCUCAUUCUCAUACUUUUUUUUUUUUCAUACUUAGAAAGUUCAAAUUGCUACCUGAAUUGUAUAAAACACUCACAACUUUUCUGGUAUCAUUUGUGAAAAAUAACGAAGAGGUACAAAAAGAAAAACUGUUGAAAUGAGCUGCUUAGGGAUAUGGAUGUGUCUGUUUAUGAACACACAAGGAAUGAUAGAAUCAGAGUAGCUGUCACUUCGGCCCUUAGACAAAGUAUGGAAGGUACUACAUGGAAGAAGAAAGAAGUCUGUGAAGUAGGAAGCGCCUAGAGGCAGCCGAGGGAGAAUCCGCAGUAAUGGGCUGACCGGAGAAUGUUGGUGGGUUUCAGACUCGUAGGAGCAGCUCCUAUAGGUUUUUUUGAGUUCUAAAUGAAAACAUAUAUUUUAUUCUUAUAUGCUCUGACACAUUUAAAGCAAGCAGAGUCAAACACUAAAAAUAAAUUUAGCCUUUCUAUUAACUACAAAAAAAAAAAAAAACCUACCUGUUGCUUAGAAAUGACCAUAAUUAUUUCCCUAUUGCAGCAUAUUGGUAGUGUUCAAAUGUAACAGAUUUAUACUGUCAUGGAUUUAUUUGGUGUGCCUUUCCUGACACUCAGAACUAAGCAUCCUUCUGGGUAUGUUGGUACCACAAAAACCCUGCCAUCAAGGUCCUUCCAAUUCUCCAUCAGAGACAAACAAAAAAACAGUAAGGAACCUUUUCCAAGCAUGCCAUUUACCAUAUUCUGCUUAUGGACCAGCUGACUCACCUCAGCAUAGCCUCACAUUCUCCUCAGACGUUCCCUGUGUUCUCAUAGAUCUCUGUGACUGUGGAAAAAUUAUUUAACUUUCUGUGCCCUGGGCUUCUCAUCUGUAAAAUGGGAAUGAUACAAGUCGUAAGAUUAAUAACUAACAGUUAUUGAUUGCAUACAGUGUACAGGCUCUGUACCAAAUGUUUUAUGUGAAUGAUUUCUAAAUAAAAUCUUCAGAAAACCUUUGAGGUAAGUAGUAUUCUAAUCAUAGUUCUUGCAGGUAAGGGCAUUGAGGCAAAAAGAAUUUCACAUCCAAGGUUGGUAAAAAUGCUUCUUGAACAUUGACAAAUAAGGCGACGGUGUGCUUCUUCAAAACUCUAGUAGGAAAACAGAAAUGAUGGAGUCAAAAGGAGCAGCUUCUGACUCCCUGACUCAUCCCGAAUGCGGAUCAGGCCAAAAGAACCAAGAGCUGGACCACCACCACACUCCACAGUGUGAAAAGAACCAAGAGCUGGACCACUGCCACACUCCACAGUGUGAAAAGAACCAAGAGCUGGAUCACCACCACACUCCACAGUGUGAAGAGAACCAAGAGCUGGACCACCUCCACACUUCACAUUGUGAAAAGAACCAAGAGCUGGACCUCCUCCACACUCCACAGUGUGAAAAGAACCAAGAGCUGGACCACCACCACACUUGACAUUGUGAAAAGAACCAAGAGCUGGAUCACCUCCACGCUCCACAGUGUAAAGAGAACUAAGAGCUGGACCACCUCCAAACUUCACAUUGUGAAAAGAACCAAGAGCUGGACCACCACCACACUCCACAGUGUGAAAAGAAUCAAGAGCUGGACCACCGCCACACUCCACAAUAUGAAAAGAACCCAGAGCUGGAUCACCACCACACUCCACAGCGUGAAGAGAACCAAGAGCUGGCCCACCUCUACACUCCACGGUGUGAAGAGAACCAAGAGCUGGACCACCGCCACACUCCACAGUAUGAAAAGCUUUCCUGUCCCUUUGACAGAGAAAAACCUCCAGUGCCAAAUCCACUUAGUUUAUUAAUUCCAAUGUUUUGCUGUUUCUGAUUGCUCUAGUUAUAAUUCUUUUUUUGUUUGUUUUUGUUUUUGCUUAUUGCAAAAAAGAAUUCAAUAAUAAUGAGAGGUUUUAAAAAAAUUUUUUUCCCAGAAAACGGCAUCACAUAGAGUUUAUCAUUGUCGGUGUUUUGUUGCUCACCCUUCCGUACCUCUCUGCAAACAUACAUGCAUAUCACUCGCUCAUUUGGAAAUACUAGUUCAGGGUGCUGUGAAGAAAGGUAAAGCAGGCUAAGAGUGACGGUUGCUUUUCAGCUAGAACGCAUGGAAGUAUAGAUAUUUGGAUGAGGCCUUUUUAAACUUACAUCAUCAAAUUCUUGUUGGUGAUAUUGGGAUUAGGAAAGGUGACCUAAGUGUGUAGAAUAUUUUGAAUAGUCCAUAGUAAUUUUAAGGUAGGUAUUUUCUGUUUUAGGUCGCAAGCAGUUGGUUAUCAAUCUCCCUUGUCUAUUAUCUGGCAGCCUUUUGUGUUAGUGGGUCAGACUCGGAAUGAAACCGUGGACCUCCUACUAGAAAGGUGUGCAUGCACACAGUUUACACAUGAUUUUAUCAGGUCCCUGGACCACCCAGCAGCUUUCACCCGGCCUCUGCCGGCUCUCUGCUCUCUCACUACAUUUCAGCCACACCGGCACUGCUUCGAGGAGUCAGGAGAGUUCUCGACAGGCAGUGGGGCAGCAGCAGUGCAGCAAGGUCCCAGAGCUCCCGGAGAAGGCUCCUGACACACAGCAGUGCCUCCUCACGGUCGUCAGGGGGACUAGGAGCUACAGGGAUGACAAGCUCCUGAGCCCAGACCUGGCAUAUCAUAAAUAGACAAUGCGUAAAUAGUAGCUCCUGUAGUGCCACCUGAGGCAGGGGAAAGCAGUCUGGAAGGAAGCAGGUCUCAGCUUACCUUCUGACUGGGGUAGAAGAGGCACCGACAGGGCAGAUCGGUCUGAGGUUGUUGGGGGGAUGGCAGACUGGCAGGCAGAUCACUGUGGGGUGGGGCGGGCUUCAGACAACAGAUAAGGGGAGAUUAAUCAACAGAGCAACUUGUUGUCCACGCAGGUGGGCAGUGAACAGGGAUGGGAAGCAGGAACAGCCGAUGACGCUUGGACGAAGGUUGGGCAGGCAGUACUAGAAACGCUAAGACCUGCUGGGAAAGCCUCAGUCACCAGGCAGCAUUUCAGAGCCAGAGCUGCAGCAUCUGAGCAGGUCCAGGCAAGGACCUGAGGCCCCAGAAAGUUUGUUGAGAGAGUAACUCCAGGAUAGGCCAAGGACCCAGUCACUAGGAAAUAAGUGCCGAGUUCAGUACGCUGCGCUAAAACUUAAGUCCAGAGACAAGUGAAUGGGGUUAAGGCAGAGAGUGGAGUCAGAGUGACCACAGCCAUAGAGAAGAGGUGUCAGAACCAAGAACUGGGCAGGGGGGAUCGGCCACACCAGAUGCAAAGGGCUGCUGUGAAUGUCGGCGAGACAAUGUCUGUGAGGGGCCGGGAGGGGGCUUUGAAGGAAAACGCUGUUCAGGAUGGAAUGCAAUCCCGCCAAGCAGUCAGCACAUACUCUGCUUGAAAGCACUUUAUACUGGAUGUGCGUUUUGUUACAAAAGGAAAAGGCUAGAUACUGAUGUUUACUUAUUAGUUUAAUACGCUGAGACACAUUGACACACGGAGGGGAGCAGUUCUGAUCCAGCAGAGCACAUUCACACCAGGCGGGCCCUUCAGUCCCCGUUCAUCUCUGCCGCCUUGCUGCUCCGUGACACCGCAGACCUGCUCCAUUUCAGAGCAGCUGAUGCCCCGUCCAGGCCUGUAUUCUUCUGACAGUGAGUGGUGUUGCCAAAUGCCGGGGACCACGGUCACAUCUGUUUGUCUCUCCUCUGUGGCCUGUCGGAGGCUGCUUGGGAACACAUUGUGUCCAGGGGGCAGCUUUCACUUAGGCCUCGUUCUCCGAAAAGCCUCUGUUUGUAAGUGCAUGCAGCCAGGAGACAGUUCCUCUUGUCUUCUCUUUAAAAUCAUCCUGUUUGACGCUGCCUGCUUCAGUCCUUGUCAACUCCACGUCAAAGCCAAGUUUUCAGGCAAGGUGGUUCUUACUAGGGUUUUUGUUUUUUUCCAGCUUGUUUUUUUUGUUUGUUUGUUUAACCUUAUUUCCUCCAGUUAAAGCACCCAGCCUCCUGUCUCCACGCCAUUUUAAAGAACAGCUUGCAGCAAACUGUUUAAAAAACCAAACAAAAAGACAGGAGCUUCUUUGUGAUUUCUCCUUUCUGACGCAUAAUAGGAAAAUUCUCAAAAUGAAUGUACGGGAAACCGUGCUUAAAAUCCUAACUGACAAUGCUUAAUUCAUUAUGAAAGAGACUUGUCUCCUUAUCCGUUCCGUUUAAAGGUAUGUAUUUGUUUACCGCAAUGUUGAAGGUGUCAGCCGUUAUAAGAUGAGCAGUUUUGAUUUGCCUCCCUGUUCUCCUCUCUAAGCAAAAACUAGCCCAAACAAAUACACUGAUAACAGAGUUGGUUGGUGAUUUCUGUACAGCGCCUCACAGAAGGAUCUCAAAAGUAGUAUUUAAUAAUUUGGGGUCUGUUCAUAGAACAGUGUAUUGUUGUUCUUCAAAACACCACAGCAACAACCAAACAAAAAAUACUAUCACCUUGAGUGGUAACCCAAGCGUUCUGCUUUACAAAGACAAAUGACUCGUUUAUACUGAAGAAACAAGGCUGCCUUUCAGACAUUCAUCGAUUUUAAAUUAAAAAAUAACUGUUACGUUUUACGUGAAGAGUGACAACAAUAACCGAGUAGACCUUACUCAGUGCUAAUUGUGGUAACUCCAGUGCACCUGUGUGCAGGAACAGAGGGGGAGCAAGCCUGACAGGGUGACCUUUCUGAUCAAUAAUCCAGGCCUCUCGGUGCUGUGUUAGAUAGUCAGUUCUUGAUAGAAUUCCUGAAAUACAGCUAGCUGUUUUUCUUACGGCUCAGGGCUUUGCAUUUUAUUACCUUUAUUCUCCUUGAACGUUUGUCUCUUACAUAUCUGUGUUGUGGGUGGGAGGAGAGGUGACUGAAAACUUGUAGACUGUUUCUUCUGUAAAGAUACCCAAGGGAAACUUUUUGGUUCAGCAGUUGCAGAAGAGGUUUAGACGAGGAAGUUUUUCCUGAACUUUGUCCUUUGACUAUCUUUGCAAAUAGGCUUUCCUAAUCAAAUUUUAAAUAGUGUAAAAAAAUAAUAGUAAUAAAGUUUUAAAGGCAAUAUUGACUUGAAUGAUUUUAAUGAAGUUAACAGACUCCAGUUAUAUACAGCUAGUGCAAGAACAGAGCCCUGGUGGUACAGUGGUUGAGAGCUUGGCUGCUAACCAAAAGCCCAGGAGUUUGAAUCUACCACCCGCUCCUUGGAAACCCUGUGGGGCAGUUCUGCUCUGUCCUAUAGGGUCACUGUGAGUUGGAAUCAACUUGACGGCUGAUUAGUGCAAGAACAAUGUAAGUAGAAGCCAACAAUGUUAAUAGUCACAGUGAGCACCUACUGUGUGUCAGACUCUUAAUUAUUUCUCCUAAUUAUUUCUAAAAGUUUAUUUCUUAAGAGAGACACUCCUGGCCAAUAAUUUUUUUUAGCUUGGUUUGAGCUUUAAAUGUGCCUGAAAGUGAUAAAGCUGCCUUAGUUUUUAAAAAGAACCCAGAACUUGAUCACUUUUUGACUGCCCUCUCACCCGUGCCCACCUCCUCGCCCAGGUAGUCUAAUACAAAGAAGGUCCACUGUAGGACAACUUUGUAUUAUUCUUUAGUUAUAGUAACUGAGGUGAAUAUCCUGGGAGGAAACAUGUGCCUGGACUGUUGCAAACCUAAUUGGCCUCCCUCUCUGAAGUUCCAACCCUGCCCCCCCGAGCUCCCUACCACCUUCCAUGAAUCUGGUCAGCUUUCUGUCCUACUGUAAGACCUGGGAAGACUCCGCAUCCCCUGUAAAGCACAGACUUCUUCAUGGGGUGUAUAUGGCUUCCGCGAUCCAGUCCCAACGUUCUCCAGGCUUAUUUUACUACCCUUCCUCCAAUCACUGCUCUCCAGACUGCCUGAACUUCUCCUAGUUCUCUGACAAGAACAAACCGUUCACCACUUAAGGACACUUUCAGCAGUAGGCGUAUAAAACCUGACCAACCAUGGCUUGCACUGAAAGAACACUUACCAUGUUUUAGCAGGAGGAUCACAAGGAGGCAGUCUGUGGGUUAGAUUUUGCAACUCAGUAACGGAAGGCCUGCUGCUCAGAAUUCAGGUUCCCACUAUUCAGAAUGGCACUUUCCCCUUCUCAGUUAAUCCUGGGAAUUCUAAAAAGUGAAGUUUAGGCUUUUGCUAGAGGGAGGUUUCUAGGGAAAUCGGGAGUGUUAAAAAAAAAAAAAAAAGCCAAACCCACUGCCAUCGAGUUGAUUCUGACUCAUAGCAACCCUAUAGGACAGAGUAGAACUGCCCUGUAGAGUUUCCAAGGAGCACCUGGCGGAAUUAAACUGCCAACCUCCUGGUUAGCAGCUGUAACACUUAACUACUACGCCACCAGGAUUUCGGGGAUGUUAAAGGGUACUUAUUUGCAAAAAGGUAAAAUCAUAGCUCUUAAAUAUAAAAUGAACAUAUGUUAGUGAUUUUGUUUAACUCAUUAAUUAACGGGGCAGCCAGGUAGAUGUUAAUAACUAGUUCAAAGGAGAAAUCAGAGAAGCACAAAUUUAUGUGGAGUAAACCAGAAAAAACAAACCUGUUACCAUGGAGACAAUUCUGACUCAUAGCGACCCUAUAGGACAGUAGAUUUGAACCACCUACCUUGGAUUAGCACCCCAACUGUUAAAGGAAUAUUGAAAUGAAUGUGCAAAUGGUCGCCAAACUGAUUUUUCCACAGGGGAGAGGGUUGCCCCUCCAGUGGAAAGAGUUCAUUUACAUGUCUAUAGCCAAGAAUUAGUUUGCUUUGCUUUCAGUUAUCUGCGAUUUAGGGUUGAAAAUAGCUCCUGUGGAAUCAGAAGCAGACAACCUAGAAGGGUACACUCUCAAAGCAGUUUUCCAUUGAAGCACAAAUUUUUCUUUACAAAGGAAAAACGUGUGUUCAGUGCAACAUGUCUAGAAUUGCUACAAGGACUGAAUAAUGUAACUGCUAGAAGUUAAUGUUGGCUGUGUCUCCACCGCCACUGCCUUCCCUAAUUAUUUCAUGUGUUCAUGACUUUACCCUCCCCUUCAGGAUUUAAACUCUUCCAAUAAUAGGAACUUGAUGUUCCAUUUCCUUUGUGUCUUCCUAGUUUCCUACUCUCCCCCCUUUCAACACCACUCUGGCGCUAGGUCAACCAAACCAAACCCAUUGCUGUCCAGGGGAUUCCAACUCCUAGGGAGCCUAUAGGACAGAGUAGAACUGCCCCCUAGGGUUUCCAGAGUGGAUUCGAACUGCUGACCUUUUGGUUGGCAGCUGAGCUCUCAACUGCUGCACCACCAGGGCUCCAGUAAAUACAAAUAAGUGCUGACUGAAUCCAUGAAUGAAUUUAUCUUUUUUUAAAUAUAUAUAUUUUGUCUAUGACAUUGUUUUGAUUUUAAAAUUUAACUCCUAUACAGUUGAAAAAGUAGAUGUGGUAGAAACUAUUGAUUUUUCUUGGCAUUGUGAGCCAGACCAUCCCUCAACUCAGUAGAUUUUAUAGUUGCUUAGUGGACAUUUGGACAUACAUCUCAGCAGAACAAAGUUAGUCAUUAACUAAAUGAACUAAUUUUUAAAAAUAUUUUUAAUAAUUUGAAACUAUUUUUCUGUUACAAAGACAUCCUGUAACAGAAAUAGUAUGCACAGAGGGAAGAGAAAAGUAGACAAAUACCCAGGUAAUAUUAGCUAUCUUGAUAGAUUUUUAUGGCAUAUUUAUUUGGCUGUGUGUACUCCCUAUAUUAAAAAAAAAUAAAAUAAUCAGAUCGUAAUUCAAUUUCACGUUGUGCCUAACACAUAGAACCUGUAUUUGAGACAAUUUACUUCUUAGCACCAAUUUUUCAUUAUCUUUAGACAUCUGAAUGUGUGUAUAAACAUACCUUUUUACUUUUUGAAUUAAUUUUGUUUCCUCUUUUUUCUUUUCUAAUGAUGGCCUGUUUUCUAAUUGAGCCCCAUACAGCCUCAGGGUAUCAUCCGAGGUCUCUCUGAAUUCCUUAAAGAGCAUGUGCUGAUGAUAAGCAUGCUUCAUGUAUUCCUGCCCCGUGGUCUUCAGGCCCCGUCCCCACCCCAAAUUAGGGAUUCUGAUCCAGGAGGAAAUGAGCCCUGAGCCUUUCUAGUCUUGGGAAGUUUAAAGACUUUUAAAUCUGUUCCAUCUUUGUAUUUUUCUUGAUUUCCCGUUGAGCCAUUUCUGAUUUUUCCCAAAACUCUUUUAAGUGUUCAGGAUUAGACAGAGUGAGCUAAUUCUAACUGAUUCCAAGGAGAGCGGAAGAUUGACUUCUCGGUUCUUACAUGUCCUACAAAUAUGAUCCAAUACUAAGGUAUAGUAGCAGUAGACCAGCAUUAACUCAUUCAAAUGAGGUUUGGUCACUAAGCUCAUAAUUAACUAAAGAAUUCUCAUCACGUGAAUUAUAAGGGAGAACAUGACUGUUUCCUCCUAUCUAUUUUAAAUGUUUUAAGAGAAUUCACUGGCGCAUAGUAUCCUAAAAGGAAUUGAUCAUACUUUUCCUGUAAUAAAUGUUGUUCUGACAGUAAAACAUUAGUAACCAAUUGAUAACCUAGCAACAAUAUUGUGAUCUCUUUAGAUAAUUAAUCUUAGCUAUUUUCCUGUCAGAAGCAACAGUGCUUGAUUUUAUGUUGAGCCAGAAAGAUUGCCAGUUUUGAAAAUUAAAAAGCAUUCCUUUUAUAUUAUUCAUUCCAGUAACAAUUUAUGAUGGCGCAUUUAGCUGCUGAACGCUUGUCAACAAACGUAAUUAUGUUUCGAUAUAAACAAGAUUGGUGGUUUUACCAUGCGGCUCCAUCUUUGUUGAGAAUGUUUUGAUUUAGGUUCAGAUUAUACAAGCUGUGUAUUUAUGUGUCAUUUUUUUCCCUCCUUUGUUAAUAGUUUUUUUCUGAU